CUGACCAGGGCACUAGUCUGUCUCUCGCGAUACGGCGAGAACCUGAUCAUAAAUGCAAGACAAGACACGUUCACUCUGUCUACCGUCAACUCGUCACAAUCAGCAUAUUGCAGAUUCAGAUACACCAAAAACUUUUUUUCAAAGUACUAUGUAGGCAACAAAAGGGGCUCAGGCGGUACUGAAGAACCACCACCCACAACCGGGCAGCUAUUGACCAAGUCUUUGCUGUCUAUUCUGAAACAUAAGACUUUUGAUAAGACGGUGGAAAAAUGCGAGCUGUCGAUAGUCGACCCCGACGGAGCACAAGACCCAGACAAUGAGGAGGUGGACUCCCUUGAGAGCAAAAUGAUCGUGCGUUUACACUGCAAACAUGGUGUAAUUAAAACGCACCGUCUCCUGCUAUCGACCCCCAUCGCGCUGUUAGCACCUGAGGUGCCUGACACCUCGUACAAAUCGCAAGUGUCCAUUGGACCGAAGGCUGUGCGGGAUAUCAUCGAGCAUUUCCCGCUCGCCAAAGGCAGCAAGAGCGACCCACAGCUAGUAUGGACUUUUGGAGACGACGAGGUAAAGGUCAAAAGUAUUGAGACGUCGCUCGACGCGAAAGGCAAAGCACAGCUCUCCACCGAGCUGACUAUCAGCGCUGAAGAAUUUGAGCAGUAUGAUAUAUGUGAUGUGCCCACUACCCUUGCUUUCCAUCUACGCGAACAGGCCACUAUCGCAUUCGCAGAAGCAGGAUCCCUCUCUCUCAGUAUAGAGUUCACAGAUACUACGUCACCUCUCUACAUCGCACUCGACGGGGACUUAUCGGAUAACUUCUUCGUAAUCGCCGCGAGCACCCUG